UGCGCUUUAACAAGCGUCCAGGUGCGCCGAGGCAGGAAGUGGAGGAAGGAAUGGCAGCGUCGAACGGGGAAAGAAGGGCCUCUCCUUUAAGACUGAGUCGACGCCCCCCUGCUGCCCCUUCGCGAGCCCCCUAACAGCCUGCAGUGGGCGGUGACGCUCAGCCGCCGGGACCCCGGCUCCCGCACCCAGCGGCAUGAAUCUCAGCAGCACGAGCAGCGCGGCCGAGAAGGCGCCCAGGGCCACGCUCUGGGGCUGUGAGCUAAACCAGGAGAAACGGACUUGGACGGUCAAAGCCCAGAAGGAGGGGAGGCAGGACUGUAAGCUGUUGCUCAGUACGAUUUGCUUGGGGGAGAAAGCCAAAGAAGAGAUGAACCUCGUGGAAAUCCUACCCCCAGCCAGCCAGGAAGACAAGAAGACCAAGCCCAUCACCAUUGCCUCGCUUCAGGCCUCUGUGCUACCCAUGGUCGUUCUGAUGGGACUGGAGCUUUCUCCUCCAGUCACUUUCCAGCUCCGGGCUGGCUCUGGACCUGUGUUCCUCAGUGGCCAGGAACUUUACGACGCUGCAGACCCGUCCUGGGAGGAAGAGGAGGAGGCGCUGGACGAGGAGGAGGAGGAGGAGGAAGGUGACAGCGGCGAGGUUGACGACGACGAGGACGACGACGACGACGUAGAUGUGUCCCUGGAGGAGGAGACCCCUCUUAAACAAGUCAAGAGGCUGGCGCCCCAGAAGCAGACCAGCGUCGCCAAGAAAAAGAAGGUGGAGAAGGCAGAGGAGGCCGUGAGACCCAGGCUUAAAGACAAGAGUCCUGUGAAAAAGGCCAAACCCACACUCAAACCCAAAAAGCCGGGAUUCAAGAAAUGAGCCAGGAGUGGCCUGGCUGCAGGGACCAAGGGAGAGCCACCUAGAGCACAUGCAGGGUGGCCUUCCUCGGCGCGUUCCCCAGGUUCCCCCCUACGCAGCCUCUCUCCAUCUGAGUCUGAAUGGGAUGGAGCUGUUGGGGGCGACACAAGAGGCCCUCACUCCCAACUCUCGAGUUUCAGCAGGACCUGGAGGGAAAAGCUCCAACCUCGGGGCCACAAUAAAGUUUGCUUUG